AUGUCAUACUUAAUUGCGAUAAAUGAUUACCAGAAACAGCAAAACUACAUCGAGUACAUACUUCUCGUCAAAGAUACCCAAACAGGAGAAACAUGAUCUAUAAAGCGCCGUUACUCUGUCUUGCGAAAACUCUACGAAUCUCUAAUUAAAUAUUCACAAUGGCUUGAUUUCCCUCCCAAAAAGUUCUUUGGCAAUACAUCUCCACAAUUUAUAGAUCACAGAAGGCGAGAACUUGAAAUAUAUUUUACAGAGCUACUGAAAAUCCCUGAAAUUUACCAAGUUCCUGCUUUUCAAGAAUUUAUUAAGCCAAAAGACCGAGAAACAAUCAGAGACUCAGGCUCAUCAAUCUUGAUUAAUGGGGAAAGACCAAAAAGAAGCAAUAAAAAAGCUUUGACAUUGACUUAUAGACAAAUUGCUGAGGAUACGACUACGCAUUUUAUUGAUUUAUCAGUUCAGCCAAAUUUUUUAACAGAGGAAGAUGCGGAAAGGCGAGCAUGCUUUUUCCUUUGGAUUGCCUAGUAAAAAAAUUUUAUGAUUAGUUACUGUGAAAUUCAUGGGGCUUUAUAGUAAGCACUUAUGCUCAAACUUUGAAUUAUCAUGAUAUAGUUUUUGAGCAAGUUUUGCCAGAAGGUUAUGAAAUUAACAAAACUCAGCUGGAUAAACCGAUUCAAGAUAUCAGAGGAAGGCUGGAAAAAUACUUUCAGGAAUUUGCAUCGAUAAUGGCUGAGCCUUUGGAAUUUGAACCUAUUAUAUCGAAAAUUUAA